CUCCAGAUAUGUCAAACUUAUCAUUCUCUCUGCAUCCUACUAAGGUGGUAACCCAUAAUUCAAUAAGCCAGAAUAACUCCAAAACCUCCAUACCUCUCCAUUCAACCCCUCAGCAUAUGGAAAAGACCAACAUAAAAGCUGAAAAGGGAGGCCAAGAAGAGCUAAACAAAGAACAGAUAAAUUACCACUUCUACAAAGAAUUCUGAAGGCUGACCAUUGCAAGAGACAUUUUGAAAUAGAGAAAUAGAGUCAUGAAAAUCUCAGAUUGAGGCAUUCAAAAAUAAAGAUAGCCAAGAAAAGCUUAUCGAGAGUAUCAAUAAUAUUUCAGAUAAUUGAAGUCAUAAAGAAAGAAGAAAAAGAAGAACAGCUGUAAAAUUGAGAGGAAAUAUAGAUGAAGAUAUAGAGGUUGUAAUAAAUCCUAUGGCUCAGAAGGAAGUCUCAACCAGCAUAUGAAAAAUAAGCAUCCAAAGUUCUAUCAAAAAUUCCUUGAGACUCUGAAUAUUAGUGAUAUUCCAAUCUAAAGUCCUAAGGAAUAUGAAUAUUUGUUUUCCUCCUCUGCUAGCAAGCCUCAAAAGAAAAGAAAUGAAAAAGAAGAAGAGAAAACUGAGGAAAAUCGUCCAUUACCAAAUUCUAAAAAUUUCCUUCACUCAGAAAGAAAAAUAAUAAAAAUUAGGAGGGAUGCGUGGCCCAGGGCCAUUAUCUCAACAGUUUAUUUAUUCUCUGCUAAUAUAAUUAUUGAAGUUUU